AUGUUCAACAGUGCACUCGCGCGGAAACGCAUGUAUUACCGACAACUGCUUUUGUCAAGACUGGAAGUCCUCCAGGGUAUCCUCCACGAGAAGAAGCUGCGUAAUCUGCCCAUCUCGAGUCGAGAGGCCCGCUGUGUGGCUCGACUGACUGAUCUGCGCGACGCGGAGGAUUCAGUACUCUCCAAGGCCACUGAUAGGUUUCAACAGUUAAUGAAUGCUGUGCAUCAGAAAGAUGAUGCUUUGGUGCGGGGCAUGGAGCUCUAUCCAGGCUAG